CGUUACUAGCCAACAGAGACUUGACCUGCGACCAGAUGACAUUGCGCCAACUCCUAGCCUUCUACUCAGCUGUGAUAGUCCACAACGGCGGAAACUCAAUUCUUACACAGAUAUAAGAUGUUGACAUAUCGUUGCCUACCAGUACCAAACGCUUUCCCAAUAGCCGAUGCCGUGGUGGAUGCUCUGCGGUGGAUGCCGCCCCCCACGGGAGGGUCGGGUUCAGGGCUGGCACCGAGCUACCCCACCAUUCCUGACGAGGGGCACCAGUAACGGCGCUCCGAUUCAGGAACGUGGAUUUGGGUGGUGGGAGGAGAAAAAUCAGGCCGGUGACUCGACCAAGAGAUAUGGGGACUCGUUGCGGAUCCAAACAUGCCGCACUAGAACAUAGAAGUACAGAACAGCCCAAUCAGUACAUCCCAGUCCAUCUCUCUAUUCCUAGUGAACGUCUUCUCCUGCAGUCUGCCGCUGUACACCCCGCGCAAUCCCACAUUGAAGUUACCCUGACCCCCCCCAGGCCGGCCGUUACCCUCUCUUCCUGUUUGGUAAACCACCCUACCCUUCCCUCUCCAGCGCAUAUUAGGAGCCACGUCCCCAGUCAGUAUGGAUUUGGUAAACAGGUUGGUUUUUCCUUCCCCUCCAUCCCCUCUGCUUUAUGCUGUCCUGUCUGGUUUGGUUUGCGCCAGUUUCUUCCCCAUAUAUAUCAUGCCUCCACCAGAGCUGAUCAGUCUUAACAGCCUAGAAGGCCGUCUGCUCUUCGCAGUUCCUAAGAAGGGUCGUCUCCUCCAAGCAGCCCUCAACCUCCUCGAAGGCGCCGACAUCCAGUUCAAGCGCGAGAACCGCCUCGACAUCGCCCUCGUCAAGAACCUCCCCAUCGCCCUCGUCUUCCUCCCCGCGGCCGACAUCCCCACCUUCGUCGGCGAGGGCCGCGUCGACCUCGGCAUCACGGGCUAUGACCAGGUCCAGGAGCACGACGCCGGCGUCCGCGCCAUCGCGCGCGCCCGCCGCAUGAGCAACGAGUGGUCCCCCAAGGACGAGAAGCCCCGGGGCUGCGACACCAUCCUCGACCUCGGGUUCGGCUCCUGCAAGCUCCAGAUACAGGUCCCGGCCAAGGGGGAGUACCAGACGGGCAAGGACCUGAUCGGGAAGAACAUCGGCACCAGCUUUGUCCACCUCGCGUCCGAGUACUUUGCCAGGUUGGAGCUCGAGCAGGAGGGCAUCAAGGUCGACAGCACGGCCAGCUACGCCGGGAGGAAACUCAGGACGAAGAUUAUUGAGUUGAGCGGGAGUGUCGAGGCGGCGUGCGCGUUGGGUGUGGCGGAUGGUAUUGUUGAUCUUGUCGAAUCCGGCGAAACAAUGAAAGCCGCCGGUCUCAAAGCCAUCGAAACCGUGGUCGAAACCUCGGCCAUCCUCAUCAAGUCAAAGGCCCCCUCCAACCCAGCCAUGGUCGAUCUCAUCGCCGCCCGCAUCAACGGCGUCAUCACGGCCCAAAAGUACGUCCUCUGCCAGUACAACGUCCCCCGCGCCCAGCUCGUCGACGCGACAAAGGUCACCCCCGGCAAGCGCGCCCCCACCGUCACCUCCCUCGAGGAGGACGGCUGGGUCGCCGUCAGCGCUAUGGUCGAGAAGAAGCGGAUCGCGCCUGUUAUGGACGACCUCACCAAGGUUGGCGCGACGGAUAUUCUUGUUUUGGACAUUCACAACACCCGUGGGAGCUGA